AUGACAUGGAGGGACACAGAGCGGGAUAGGGAACUACAGGGUGGGGUCACUGUUCUGUGUGGGCGUGGCUUUGGCCAUAGUAGUGGUUUUGACAGUAGUCAUCAGAGGAGCAGCCAGCCAGCCUCUGACCAACACUGGGCAAAGAGCGAGGCAACACAGGCGAAACGCCUAAUGCACAACCCAAGGAUGCAAUCCACAGUGGUCAGGGUGUCAGACAUGGAUCGUAAAACCAGCCGCACCAACCAUGAGACCCAGGACUCUGAAGCAACGACCCCACUGAACCAUGUCCCUGACGGGGUCACCCUGGGCACUGACGUCCCCUGCUGGUACUACUUCACCAGGCCCAUCCUGGCCAUCCUUAUCGGCGGAGUGCUGUUCGGCUUGGGCACGGCCCUCUCCCUGCUCUACUUCACCCAGGUGGGGAACGUGCCCUACCUGCUGGGUCCUGUGUUCCUUUCUGUGGGGCUCAUGUUCCUGGUCACGGGGCUGGUGUGGGUGCCCGUGGUGAAACAGAGACUAGAGCACAAGGCUCUGACCAAGGUCAAUGGCAAGGCGCUUCAGGUGCACGAACAGCACUGA